UUUAAAUGUACUUUGUUAUUGUUGCAUUCAGAACCGACAAAUACAAAGAUUUAUGUUAAUAAAAAAAUUAAACUAUGGCAGACAGCAAGGAUACUGGCACCGACUCUAAGUUUACAUAUAAAUCUUUUCUUAAUAGUGCUGAUACCAAAGAAUUAAAGGAUUUUCUUGAAAAGCGUCUAAUUGACUGCGGAUGGCGAAAGGAUAUUGAAGAAAUGAUAAGGAAGAAAUUGAAGGAAGGUGAUUCAGCUAAUGUUUCACGCGAAGAGCUUGCCAAGAGUAUUAUACCGGAUGCUCGCGCUAUGGUGCCAAAUGAAGUGCGCGAGGAAAUGAUGUUACGCGUACGUGAAGUCCUGGAAGCUCCAGUGGCAGCCUCUAACGACAAGGAAGAGAAUUCCGAUGGAGGGAUCUGUUAGCACAAGUUCAUCUAGUUCAAAUUAAAAAUGUCCAAGACAAAAAAAAAAAACAUAGUUUAAAUUCUAGCACUUUUGCUGUGGUUUAUUAACGUGUAAUUAAGUAAUUGUUUAUGUACAUAUGCUUACGCCUGCUAAUGCUAAUUACGAAUUGCGCCAUUAGUUGUACAAAUGUAUGUAAUAAAUAAACAACUUAAUUAUAUAUAUAUAUAUUUAUAUUCGAUUUCUAUGUGUUACAUUCUGUACGAUUGGCUAAACAAAAAAUAAUAUACAUAUGUAGUUUGGGGGGUUUAGGAACGCGGUUUUAGCGGGUGGCUCUGUGAAGAAUUAGGCUACAAAUAAUAGGGCUAGUUGUUAAUUCUGUUGCGU